GCGUAUCCUACCUACAGCAGAGCCAGCCAGCGCGGAGCCGCUCGCGGUGUAAUGUUGAUCCUCUCCCCCCGGUAGUAUCGUGCUGUUUCCCCGCUGUCGGUCCUCUCUCUCCCCGCUCCAACAUGCUUCUCCACCCGCAGACAACAACAUGGGAUUCACCCGCUCCGAGAGGAAACUAACCGCCGGCUCUGCUGCUGCUCGUGUCCGUGUUCUGGUCUCCUUGAGCCGGGGAAACCCUGCAGCGCGACUCUGAGCGGGUUUUUCUUCUAGGCUGCUGUAAUUCAUUUGUUCCCCGCCGCUUCAUUUAUGGACCGCGGAGGCUCCGAGUGACUGUCUGUAAAUCCCGUUCACACAGCCGGAGAUGGAGACGGUGAUGGAGAGGGAGUGCAGCGCGCUGGGGGGGCUUUUCCAGACUGUCAUAGGAGACAUGAAGGGCAGCUCUCCAGUCUGGGACGACUUCAUCAGCAAGGCCAGCAAGCUCCAGUCACAGCUCAGGCGGGUGGAGGCGAGCCAGUUUGAGAGCAGAGAGUCGGUGCAGCAGAAGCUCCACGGGCAGCCGGAGGGGCCAGAUGGUCGUCCUCACUCUCCCCGACAGAACACUCCCUUCUGGGGGGAAGUUCACCAGAGCUCAGGGUGUCAGCCACCACACUCACGUCAUGCUAACGCGUGUGUUAGCAAACAUGUGAAGACCUCCGAUAACCCAGUUUCAAAGAGACGCUCUACAACGUCCCUGGUGUUUCUGGACUGCCUGAUCAACCCGCUACAGGAGCAGAUGGAGGAGUGGAAGAGAGUGGCCAAUACUCUGGACAAAGACCACGCCAAAGAGUACAAGAAGGCCCGUCAGGAGAUCAAGAAGAGAUCCUCCGACACUUUGAAGCUGCAGAAGAAAGCAAAAAAAGCUGAUGUUUUUGGCCGCGGGGACCUGCAGCCUCAGCUGGACAGCGCCAAGCAGGACGUCAGUGAUAAAUACCUGCUGCUGGAGGAGACGGAGAAGCAGGCGGUGCGGAAAGCGCUGGUGGAGGAGAGGAGUCGCUUCUGCUGCUUUGUCUCCAUGCUGAAGCCUGUCGUGGAGGAAGAGAUGUCCAUGCUGGGUGAGAUCACUCACCUCCAGACUCUGACAGACGACUUGAAGACUCUGACCAUGGAUCCACACAAGCUGCCGGCCUCCAGUGAGCAGGUACGUCCGUCUGAGCCCAGCAGACCUCCAGACCUGGACCCACGAAUAGGAGGGCGAAGAGAUGGGAGAGGUGGUGGUGGAGGUGGAGGUGAAGAAUGGAGAGUGGAGGUGGGGGUCCUGGGCCUGCAGUACCACUCCCUGCAGACAGAGGGCAGCGUGAUGGUCGAACCCGUUGGACAACUCAAGGGUCCUUACCUGGGAGCAGUCCGGCGGCAUGGGGGACGGGGACUUGGACUGGAAGGCGUCCUGGGAGAUGAAGCCCGAGUCGUGGGAGGAGAUGGAGGAGAGGCGGGCCGGCGUCUGCUGGGGCAACACCGAGGAAGAGGAGGAAGAGGAGGCUCGGUAACGGAAGUGGGAGGUUGUUGUGUGCUCCCUACAGUCUCGGACUGCGACUACUACUCCGUGGGGGUGGAUCAGGACGGCGAGCAGCAGUCCGCCUACCUGGAUAAAUCCUCCACGAUCCCCAGAAACAGCGACAUCGGCCAGUCCUACCGCCGCCUGUUCCAGUCCAAGCGCCCGGCCUCCACCGCCGGGCUGCCCUCCAACCCCUCCGCCAUGGUCACCCCGGGGGUCGCCACCAUCCGACGGACCCCUUCCUCCAAACCGAACCUGCGACGGCCCCCCGGGGGCGUCAGCUUGGGCCCCAUCCCCAUCAAGCCCCCCAUGAUCCCAGUCAAGACCCCCACCGUGCCCGAGCAUCUCGGUUUUCCCAGCAGGGCGCCAUCCGAGGAUGGCAACUCACCACGAACCCCGCUCAGCCCCCCGACCACCCCUUUGUCACCAGGCGUGAGCAGCAGACCACUGUCCCUGAGGUCCGGCUCCUGGGAGACCCAGCACCAGAGCGAGGGUUCGGAUCCCCCCACCCCCCCGCCACAGCCCGGUGGUCGCGUGUCAGAGUGGGAGCGCCAGCCGCUCCCGGAGCUCCUGGAGGAGACCGAAUACAGCGAGGUGGAGGAUUUUCUGGUGGCCAUCCGAAGAGGCGUCAGGCUCAAGAGAACGUCGACCAAUGACCGAUCGGCGCCAAGUAUUCACUGAGACUGUAAAGGUUUUGGUUUGACUUGAGCCAUUUUGCAUCCCUGGCUGCAUUUUUAUCUAAUAUGCUCUUGAAGGGACACAAAAUGGUUAUUCACAAGCAAACGCCUGUGGCAUCAAACGGAUGCCGAGGAUAGGAAGAAGUUGCCUGGAGACUCUGUUUAAAGGAUCAGUCUCAAAAUUACCUAACGAGACUUUGAAAGGGAUAUCUGACCAUGGUCCUUACAGAAAAUGCUAAAUUAAACCUUUAAACGAGGGACGACAAGCCCUCCAUUUGUGGAUUUGACAGUUUGUGAAUGUUGGUAGAGUUUCGGGUCUCACAGCCUGUAAGUACA